UGUAUCAUCGAUGGCCACACUCCCAUCACGGACGCACCAGGCGGCCCCCAUCCUGCACCCGCCAAACCCCACCCGCGUGCUGGAAGUGUUGUUGCUGAAAGGGCAGGGGGCGAGCGUACGGCUGGUUGAUGGGCGGCUGGUGGUGGUAGACAGGAAGCAGCUGGCGCACUGCGUUGAUCCGAGGAUGCAUCGGCCGGACGGGGGGGUGAGAAGGCUGCUGGUGAGAAGGCUGAGCAGCCUUUAUCUCCUUGGGUAUGCCGCAUACUGCACGCCGCACGCCUCGCACGAUUGACCUCAUCGAUAGACAGCACCCGCACGUUUCAGCCCCAGUUGCCGGCACAGUCGGCCUUGUGUGCGGCUGGCAAGGAGGGACUCGAUGAUGAGAGGGGGGAGCCUCACGCACGACGGUGCGUCUGAUGGCCUCUACGCGCUGCUUCACAUGCCGUAGACUCGGACGAUGAUCCGGAUGCACCUGCGUGCACUCCUUCAUGAGGGUCACCAGCUGGUGUGUGGCGGUGUUGGUGUCGUAGCCGGCAGGAAGGACGUCUCUGACUGGUAGCCCGUUGUUGACAUCCAACAUGCAGGCCCCAGUCGCGCCGAGACAGAGGAGAUAGCCCGUGAGGUAGGUCAUCGUCUUCUCGGUCACCCAUCCCCAAGUCUCCGAGUAGCCAGGCUGAUAUAUGACAGCAGGGAGCAAAAGCACAAUGCAUCAAGACAGUCAAUGAGUAAGGAUUCCUUCCCAUAAGGCCGGACACGUACGUAUGUUGCAUGGGGCGUCAGCACAAAGGGGAGGCCGGCGUCUCUGUUGUGAGCAGCCCAUCUCCCCCCAGCUGCCUGCCAUUCUUCCGGCGUUGGGUUGGAAGAGAGCAAAGAGCUGUUCGCACCGUGAUACGCCCACCCGCCCAUGGUUGGCGACUCAGGUGCCCAGGUGAAAGCCGACCAGGUGACGGGCGGCUCACCCUCACAAGGGCCAGAAUCACGGACUAGACAUGCCCGAUCUACCGAUGAAAGGGCGGGGGCGACCGAGAUGAUGUCCCCCACAGGAUGCGUCGCUGCCGCGGCUCUGGUCCAGCCUCCUCCUGGCCCUCUCUUGAUGGCCCCAGACGUGCGAAACGACACCAGACCACCCAGGUCGAACAUGAACACACGCUGCCGCCCAUCCCGGCCCGCUGAGGGGUUGAUGAACAGGUUGUUGAGCACUCCGUCGAGGUGCAAAAAGUCGUAUCCCUCGUACAGCUGCAGGUGGGCGUCAACGGCGGCUGUGAGGACGUCUAGAACCAUCGCCACUCUCUCCCGUGACACUGUCUCGCCGCUGUCACGCUCAUAUCGAUCCGUGCAGCAUUGCGUCGUCCACUCCGCCAGGGGCCGAUAGUCUGCGGGGAUCUUCUCGAGACAGAGGAACAGCACUCGGGCGUCACUUUGCCAGCGCCACGCCCCGUCUGCCCUCGUUUGAUGCACGCCGGCGGUGCCAUAAUGGCCGCCAACAAACAAGUCCCGUUCCGUCACACCACAGAGUGUGCCGUCGAGGUAGAGGGAUGGAACAGGCACCGACACAUGCUGCCGCCUCUUGCCGUCCUCCAGCAGCCGAUAAGCGGCCCCCUCAUAGUACAGCAUCUGCGUCGUCGCCAGCCGCUGAGGGUCCCCGACAGAGGGCGGCACACUGCCAUCGGGGAGUUUGGCCCAUUUCACGGCACACGGCUGGCGCUUGAUGCACUCGACAGGCAGGGAACGAUGACGAAAGGCAAAGGUGAGGGCCAAACCGUUUCUCACCCCUUCAGCCCCCUGGCCCCUGCCAAGCUCCUCGAACAGGUAGAUCUACGCACACACAGAGAGAGAAAGAGAGAGAAACAAACAGAUAAGUGAGUGAUGUGCGUUUGUUUUGUAUGGGAGUGCACUGCACGCCUUUGUUUGAGACCUCGUGGCAAAGCAGCCCAUCGUGGAAGAGGAUGCGCUCUUUGGCGUGCGAGAUGCCAAAUUGGGCGACGUGAGGCGGUCGGGUGGGAGGUGGUGGGGAUGCCGCAGGAGGGGGGUGAUGCGCAGCAGCAGCCUGGUCCUGCUGAACGAGUGGGUGUGGCACAUGGCCCAUGCAUGUUCUCCAACCCGGUCGUGGAGUCGCAAUGUGCUCCCCGCCUUCCGGUGCGCCUGCAAGUAAGGCAAGUAAGGCAAGACAGCCACAAACGAACCGAGCGAUGGAUGCUAUGGCGUGUUGGCUCAUCUAUCCAUUUCAUUCAUUCAUUCUCACCGCUUUGCGAGGAGAAAGAUAUCGAUAUCGUCAGUCCACCCUCCCCUCCAUUCUCACCGAGGGCUCCUUCCUCUUGUAGCAUGAUUCGUCAACAGAGAGAGGGGAGUCUGUGAGGACAAGGAGGCUUGGUUGGUUAUGUGU